AGGACUGAGCAGCCGGCAGCUGGAGACGUGUCUCUGAGGGUCUGCCGGACGGACACAGACCACCACGGACCGCCAGGGACCCUAUUGACCCCCACAGACCCCCACAGACCACCGCUUGCCUCCCAGUGGACCCAGACUGCAGCCAUCAUGAACAAACUGGCCAAGGCGCUGUACGACAACACGGCGGAGUGUGUGGACGAGCUGGCCUUCAGAAAAGGGGACAUUCUGACCGUGAUGGACCAGAACGUUGCCGGUACCAGUGGCUGGUGGAUGUGUUCUCUGUACGGACGCCACGGCCUGGCUCCUGCGAACCGCCUCAAGCUCCUGCCCAAGGCUGGAUCUUCAUUCCACAUGGCAGAAAAACCCAAAGUGGCUCAUUCUAAAACUGAAGACAGUGGGCAAAACAUUUACCAAAUUCCAAGUUUGCCCCGACCCACCAGCAGUCCCUCCUACGAGCAAAUGGAGGUGAUCUACAAGGUGCCUUCAGCCCCAUCAUCGGCUCUGAAAAGUCCCGUCUCGCUCAGCUCAGAAGGAACCAAGCCUCCCACCAUCAACAUGGCGUCCAGCCCAAAGGGCGAGCUCUACGACAUCCCCAGCCAAGCCAGGCGAAAGUCUCUUUUCACUGGAUCAACAAUUCCAAGACAAACCUCACGGAAAUAUUCUCUGAUUCCAGUGGGGGAGCUGGAGAAGAGAUAUGACCCUCCUGAAAUGGUUUAUGCUGUUCCACCGUCUCUUCCUCAAGAUCCAAACUAUGACAUCCCAGUUCCCUCGGGAACAGAAUCCCAUCACAAAGUAAUGGAAGGAUUCCAAACUCUUCCCAAUCCUCGCAAAACGGAGUGGAUCUACGACGUUCCCGUGGGCCCUGAUAAGCAGGGUCCCCUCCAGGGCUCUGAUGAUUCCCUCCGGUCCAAAGCGGUCUGCGAGCAGCUGUACGACAGCCUCCCAGCACACACACCUCACCACAAACAGGAAAGCCCAACUUCUUCCCUUUAUGAUACACCAAAGCAGGGUUCUCUGGACGUCUCCAGUCCACCCAAGGUGCUGCCGAGGAUCCCACUUCACAACAGACCCUCAACUCAGACACAAAAGAAGGAGUCGGUGUAUGCUGUCCCACCCAUGGAGGAGACCUGUCCCCCUUGUGAUCAUAACCUCCUGGACUGGAAGGGGGACUCCAGUAAAAACUACAAUCUGAAAAGGGUGCGCUUGAAAAGGAUGAGAAACUUUUUGGCCUGUACAACUUUCCACGACCUGGCAGGAGGUGAAGACUCAGUGGGUCAGGAGGACGGAGGAGGUCGGGCUACCCGCCUCUCAGCAGCGGAAAGCCAGAGGAUCAGCACGGCGUCCAGUUCAUCCACCAGCUCCUGCGACUCCCUGGCCUUCAGCUCCUCAUCUCCGGAGCCUCCGCGAGAAGUGAACCUCAGUCAGGAGGACGCCUGCCGAAAGCUGCUGGAGCUGCAGGAGCGCGUCGGCAGGGCCGUGCCUCAGCUCAUGGAGUUCGUCAGCAGCAACUGGAGGUGCAGAGAACAUCUGGAGAAACACCUGAAGGAGAUCAGAGAAGCGGCCGAGGGCAUCGCCUGCUCCGUCACCUGCUUCCUCAACUUUGCUCUGGACAUUAAAGGAAACACUCGACGUCUGACCGAUUCAAACCUGCAGACCCGGCUCUACAAACAGCUGUCCAUCGUGGAGGACUCCGGUGUGAUCCUGCAGCAAACGGUGAGCGAUCUGAACGUGGCACAGUGGCCUCUUCACACGCUCUAUCAGGACCCUGGGCAGGUCCACGUGCCCGACCAGCUGGAGCGCUUCGUCAUGGUGGCCCGGACCAUUCCAGAGGACAUCAAGCGCCUGGUGUCCAUCGUCAACGCCAACGGAAAGCUUCUGUUCAGAGCCCCUCAGAGAGAUCCAGCGACCCCAGAGACGCCGAAAGCCCCACAGGAAACCGGAGAAGAGGUGGACUUGGUGGAGGACGACAACGAUUAUGUAGAGCUGCAGACUAAGGAAGAGGAGCAGAAGAAACCAAAAGAUGCUGUCACUCCGGUUUCUAGCUCACCACAGGCUGAAAGCACGUGCGGUUCUUUGGACUCGAACAGUGGUCCCGAGGAGAAUCGGCCAUCCCCGCUGUCAGAGCACUGCCGGCUGUACUUCGGCGCCCUGCAGAAGGCCAUCGGCGGCUUGGUGUGCAGCCUGCAGGACAGCCAGCCGCCCGAGAAGUUCAUCUCCCAGAGCAAGCUGGUGAUCAUGGUGGGCCAGCGGCUGGUGGACACGCUGUGCAGGGAGGCUCAGCGGCGGGGAUCCAGCAGGGCCCUGCUCUGUAAGAGCAAUCAGCUGUGCGCUCUGCUCAAGCAGCUGGCGAUGGGCACCAAGAAGGCGGCGCUGCACUUCCCCGACAGACAGGCGCUCCACGAGGUGCAGGACUUUGCCAAGGAGCUGGCCCAGCGGGCGCAGCACUUCCGGGUCUCUCUGGACCUCUGAAACAGACUCAAAGGACAGCGCCACUCGUGAAUUUCACUUCAUACAGUAUUGCGAUGAAAUGGCUUCUGCUGAGCUCUCGCUUUAGUUUGAAAGUUUUAUGUUAUAAUGAAGGCAGGUACUCUUUUAAAACUUAUGCUCUUGAUGAUACAAACCACUGCAGGCCAGGCAGAGCAAUCCGUGGAGUCCACCUCUUCACUGUCUAGCUUUAUAUUGCACAGUGUGUGUUGGAGCAAAUCUUAAAAAUGUAAAAUAUCAAUUGUUAUUUGUUGUAUGUAAGUCAAGGGACAUUUCUGUUCAGUGUUUCUUCCAUUUUUUUUUUUUGUUUUUCAUCUAUGGUAGCUUCUGCCUGGGUAGCAGUUUGAGACUAUCUCCUUUCUGUGUAAAUAUUCUUAAAAAUGUGUUCUGCAUUUCCCAGAAUUCACUUGACAAAAGACUG